AUGUUAUUUACCGUACUCGGAGUUAUUGCUCUCUUCCUGAGAGAAAGAAACAUCAAUUCCACCGUCUCAGGUCAAGAUGAAAGAUUCGACCGUCAAGGAGAAUUGGUCAUGGUACCCCCCGUGACCAACAGUGAUGGUCGAGAAAUCGGUGACUGGUGUGAAGAUUCAUCUUUGCAUCUGGAGGAACAGAUCAAUGUUCAGACUGAGGAACCAUCACUGGAGGAACCUGUUGAUGGUCAGAGUGAAGAACCCUCACUGGUAGAGCCUGACAGUGUUCACGGUGAAGAACCAUCACUGGUAGAGCCUGACAGUGUUCACGGUGAAGAACCAUCACUGGUAGAGCCUGACAGUGUUCACGGUGAAGAACAAUCACUGGUAGAGCCUGACAGUGUUCACGGUGAAGAACAAUCACUGGUAGAGCCUGACAGUGUUCACGGUGAAGAACAAUCACUGGUAGAGCCUGACAGUGUUCACGGUGAAGAACAAUCACUGGUAGAGCCUGACAGUGUUCACAGUGAGGACUCGGCCAUCUCCUCCAGCAGUAAUUAUGUUCCUCCAAACAUUUUCUACGCUGAGUCCAGCAGUAGUGAUGACUUCCCUCAAGAGAUUUACUCAGCCGGAUUUAACUGUAGUAGUGAGCUCACAGCCAGCUCCUACAGCAGCUUCUUCUCUGCUGAGUCCGGCUGUGGUAAUGACGCCUCUACAGAUUUUCUGUCCGCUGAGUCCGGCUGUGGUGAAGACGCCUCUACAGAUUUUCUGUCUGCUGAGUCCGGCUGUGGUGAAGACGCCUCUACAGAUUUUCUGUCUGCUGAGUCCGGCUGCGGUGAUGACCCCUCUACAGAUUUUCUGUCUGCUGAGUCCGGCUGCGGUGAUGACCCCUCUCCAAAUGUGGUCUCUGCUGAGCCCGGCUGUAGUCAUGACCUCCCUCCAAAUGUGGUCUCUCCUAAGCCCGGCUGUAGUCAUGACCUCCCUCCAAAUGUGUUCUCUCCUAAGCCCGGCUGUAGUCAUGACCUCCCUCCAAAUGUGGUCUCUCCUAAGCCCGGCUGUAGUCAUGACCUCCCUCCAAAUGUGGUCUCUCCUAAGCCUGGCUGUAGUCAUGACCCCCCUCCAAAUGUGGUCUCUGCUAAGCCUGGCUGUAGUCAUGACCUCCCUCCAAAUGUGGUCUCUCCUAAGCCCGGCUGUAAAGAUGACGUCACUCAAGGUGCAACCCGUCAGACAAAGGGCACUGUUCCACCUCAGCCAAAAGAGCAGAAGAAUAAAGACACACACAUCAUUGAGAUCAACUCACAGCGCUAUGAAAUUGGCGCUGAGCUGGGCAAAGGAGGUUUUGGAACUGUUUUCGCAGGGACCCGUUUAGAAGAUGGCCUUCAGGUGGCAGUAAAAAUUGCAGAUUUCAAGGCUAAGCGAUACAUCCGUGUUGAUGAUUUUGACCAGCCACUUCCAUCGGAGAUCGCUCUGCACUUUCUUGCCACUAAAGGCCCCGAGGUUAAAGAACUUGUUCAGCUUUUGGACUGGAAGGAGGAGUCUGAUCGUUACUUUAUGGUCCUAGAGCGGCCCAUACCUUGUGUGAGCGUACGGGAAUUUUUAAGAGGCCACCAAGGCAGAAUCCCUGAGGACGUGUUACGGAAAAUCAUGUUCCAGGCAACAAUUGCAGCUGACACCUGCUGCAAACGUGGAGUGCUUCACCGUGAUAUCAAGCCUGGCAACUUGCUAAUUAACCCAGAGACCUAUGAAGUCAAACUGAUUGACUUUGGUUGUGGUGAACUCCUUAUUGACGGCUUUUACAGAAACUAUUGGGGCACAAUGAAGUUCAGCCCUCCCGAGUUUAAAAAGACUGGCUAUUACUGCGGAGAGCCAGCGACAGUGUGGUCACUCGGGAUUCUUCAGUUUUUGCUAAUAAUGCUGUGA